GGCGGCAUCAAAAAAGCAGCGGUGGACCUUGUGGUGGACCCCAGAGCAUGGAACACAUGCACGAUGGGGACAGCAGUGCCAGCAGCAGCCACCAGAACCUCAAAAGCACCACCACGUGGGCCGCCUCCCUGGAGAAUCUGCUGGAAGACCCAGAAGGCGUGAAAAGAUUUAGGGAGUUUUUAAAAAAGGAAUUCAGCGAAGAAAAUGUCUUGUUUUGGCUAGCGUGUGAAGAUUUUAAGAAAACACAGGAUAAGAAACAGAUGCAGGACAAAGCCAAGGAGAUCUACAUGACCUUCCUGUCCAGUAAAGCCUCAUCCCAGGUCAAUGUGGAGGGCCAGUCUCGGCUCAACGAGAAGAUUCUGGAAGAACCACACCCUCUGAUGUUCCAGAAGCUGCAGGACCAGAUCUUCAAUCUUAUGAAGUACGACAGCUACAGCCGCUUCUUAAAGUCUGACUUCUUUUUAAAACACAAGCGCACCGAGGAGGAGGAAGAGGAGGAGAAGAGGGAGGAAGAUCUGCCCGAUGCCCAAAGUGCAGCGAAAAGAGCUUCAAGAAUUUACAACACCUGAGCCCCCUGGUGAACCAGGGCCGCUGCCUGAAGGAGCCAGGGACUCACUGCCAGGACCCGCUGGGCCAAUAGUUGCUUUGUUAUGUGCCAGGACUGAAAUGUACAAACACCUGUCCGUGGGGUGCGCGUGUAUUUUAUUUACUGCUUGACCAGUCAGUUUUGCAUGAUGAUGGCUAAGCCUACAUAAAAAAUAACCAAUUAGCUUUGAAGUUUUACACACACACACACACACACACACACACACACACACACACACACACGAGGGCGGACAGAUUCUGCCAACCCUGGACUUUGGGCAUCUUGCAGCUUGAUUAAACGUGUGAGGUCACAGGUCCUCCGCUGUUUCUGCCCGA